AUGUUGGAAGAAAUAAUUGGCAUGAUUUUGUCAUUAUUUUCGCUUGUCUUGGACGAAACACAAAGCGUAUCUUUUCCAGUUCUGAUUAAUAACCCAACAAGUAAUACGGAAGAGUCAGAGGCUGAUGAUGGCAGAUGGCAAUCCUAUAUCAAUAAAGAAUACGGAAACUCUCAUACCAACGAACAGUUAACAGAUUAUACAACGCUUGAUGGUGUUUCGUCUGAGCGGCGGAGUUUUUGGGAGUCGAUUUCGAAAAGUUCGCUUACAACACUAACUGUUACGGUUGCAAUGAUACCGUCAACGGCUGUCAUAAUGGCGUUUCUUUAUGUUGAUUUAAACACAACUGAUCUUUGUUUGGAGUGGCAGUAUCACAAUAACACUUUACCAUUUUCUGUAAAACGACUACGCGUCAUCGGUGACAGUGUUGAAGCGGUGAUAAUCAAUCUUUGGUUUCCGCUAACAAUGGUAAUUCUAUUUGGAUGGAAAGAGUUUAAACUGAGGUUUAUGUCCACUUUUUAUGUUGCUUUUAUCUUCGCAGGAAUGACAAUAAUUUAUUACUUAUUCUUGCUAGUAUUUGGUGUCUACGAUACGAGCGUGUAUUACAGAAUUCCUGGAAAUGUGUUGUUCUUUUCUGGCAUAAUUUGCUGUAGCAUUGUCGUCCUUCGCAAUAUCCGAGCGAACCGAUCGAGAAAUUAUACAUUGUCCUAUUCUAAGCGUCAUAUUUUUGCUUUAGUUUCAGCAGAGUUCAUUGUAUGUUCUGCAGUGGCAUUUAUCUACAGAUACUCUAUAGUGCCUUUUUUUAAUAGCGUAAAACAAGAAAAUUAUAAAUUCAUGGUGGCUGCGAUCGCACCGGCACUGAUCAUCGUCCCUGCGGCGAUUUGUAAACACACAGCGUUGAGACGAAGUUCCGAGGUUGUAGACCCCGGCCGAAGUUUUGUCCUAGUAUACUUUAUCCGAGGUGGUGUCAUACUCUUGUACCGCACAAUGCAAGCAGAUUUGAAAAGCAUUUGGCUUUUUAUUGGGUUAUCUCUGUUCUCUGGUAUUCUGAACUUUUUGGAAAAGGCGACCUAUCGAAUACGGAUGAAAUUGUGGACAUACAUUAUCUCACUUUUGAAUCGAACUGUUUGCUGUCGAAGCCUUAUUGAAUUGCCUCAGAAUACCCCGCAUUAUAGACGGUUAAAAGCAGACUUAGAAAUUCAAGAUAUGCUUUUUGAAUACAGUACACUUGUUUUGAGCCAAG